GAGCAGGAGCUCCGCCCCCAACGCGCCGCCCCAGCCCCGGCGCCUUAAAAGCCGGGCGCACCGCCCCGCCGCGCCCUGCCUGCCGCACCUCUCCUUUCUUCUGUAGCUCGCGCUGAAGCCGCACGUCCGGCCCCGAUCCCGGCACCAUGAGCUUCGGCUCGGAGCACUACCUGUGCUCCUCCUCCUCCUACCGCAAGGUGUUCGGGGAUGGCUCUCGCCUGUCCGCCCGCCUCUCCGGGGCCGGCGGCGCGGGCGGCUUCCGCUCGCAGUCGCUGUCCCGCAGCAAUGUGGCCUCCUCGGCCGCCUGCUCCUCGGCCUCGUCGCUCGGCCUCGGCCUGGCCUAUCGCCGGCCGCCGGCGUCCGACGGGCUGGACCUGAGCCAGGCGGCGGCGCGCACCAACGAGUACAAGAUCAUCCGCACCAACGAGAAGGAGCAGCUGCAGGGCCUCAACGACCGCUUCGCCGUGUUCAUCGAGAAGGUGCAUCAGCUGGAGACGCAGAACCGCGCGUUGGAGGCCGAACUGGCCGCGCUGCGACAGCGCCACGCUGAGCCGUCGCGCGUCGGCGAGCUCUUCCAGCGCGAGCUGCGCGACCUGCGCGCGCAGCUGGAGGAGGCCAGCUCGGCUCGCUCGCAGGCCCUGCUGGAGCGCGACGGGCUGGCCGAGGAAGUGCAGCGGCUGCGGGCGCGCUGCGAGGAGGAGAGCCGCGGACGCGAAGGCGCCGAGCGCGCCCUGAAGGCGCAGCAGCGCGACGUGGACGGCGCCACGCUGGCCCGCCUGGACCUGGAAAAGAAGGUGGAGUCGCUGCUGGACGAGCUGGCCUUCGUACGCCAGGUGCACGACGAGGAGGUAGCCGAGCUGCUGGCCACGCUGCAGGCGUCGUCGCAGGCCGCGGCCGAGGUGGACGUGACUGUGGCUAAACCAGACCUGACCUCGGCUCUGAGGGAGAUCCGCGCCCAGUAUGAGUCCCUGGCCGCUAAGAACCUGCAGUCCGCGGAAGAAUGGUACAAGUCCAAGUUUGCCAACCUGAACGAGCAGGCGGCGCGCAGCACCGAGGCCAUCCGGGCCAGCCGCGAGGAGAUCCACGAGUAUCGGCGCCAGCUGCAGGCGCGCACCAUCGAGAUCGAGGGCCUGCGCGGGGCCAACGAGUCCUUGGAGAGGCAGAUCCUGGAGCUGGAGGAGCGGCACAGUGCCGAGGUAGCUGGCUACCAGGAUAGCAUUGGGCAGCUGGAGAAUGAUCUGAGGAACACCAAGAGUGAGAUGGCACGCCACCUUCGGGAAUACCAGGACUUGCUCAAUGUCAAAAUGGCUCUUGACAUUGAGAUAGCAGCUUACAGGAAACUGCUGGAAGGCGAGGAGACACGUUUUAGCACCAGUGGGUUAAGCAUUUCGGGGCUGAAUCCACUUCCCAAUCCAAGUUACCUGCUCCCCCCUAGAAUCCUCAGUUCUACAACCUCCAAAGUCUCAUCCACUGGGCUAUCACUUAAGAAAGAGGAGGAGGAGGAGGAGGCAUCUAAGGUAGCCUCUAAGAAAACCUCCCAGAUAGGGGAAAGUUUUGAAGAAAUAUUAGAGGAGACAGUAAUAUCUACUAAGAAAACCGAGAAAUCAAAUAUAGAAGAAACCACCAUUUCAAGCCAAAAAAUAUAAUUCCAUUGCUUUGAAAAAGUUAAUGCUUAAGAGGGAAUGAUAUGCAUUUGACUUGUUAAACAGCCUAUUCCUGAACUAUAACACCUGCCACCACUAUAAAAUGUCUUCAAGGCUUCAGUCUCAUAUUUAGUAUUGAAUACUUACAUUCUCUAAUAAGAAAACCACCCCUUAGAUUGAAGUAAACUGCAGUCCUGGAGCAAUCACAGAUGAGUUAUCUAAGAAUACAGCUUUCUGACCUUCAGCUCACGCUUCACAGUGAUGGAUGAUUCAGGUGCAGAGGAAGUACAAACUAAGGUGCUAAAUCUGCGAUCAUCGUCAUUUGCUGUGAACUGAAAUUAAAACUAUUCAUGCUACCCAGCCAUUACCCAGCUAAAUAAUCUUACUCUAGAUACCUAAAACAUAAGAUCACUGCCAGAGAUAAACUAAUGGUCCACACCCAAUUCCACUCUGAUAGAAUUAUUUCACAAAUAAUAGGUGUUUGUUUAAUGGACACUUUUCACCUCCUUCAAUUCCAUAUAUCCUUUUCUUCUAUGUAGGAAAAAAAUAGUCUAGUGUAGUAUUCUUCCCUUUUAAACACAUUUUGGUUCUUCUCAAAAGAACUUACCCCCAUUCGCUCUCUGCUCAGUGGGUAAAAUUAGAUGCAUGUUGACCAUGUCUAUGAUUCGUGUAAUUACUUAUCCCUGCCCAUUUCAUAUUCUUUCAAUUCUGUAGGUUAAAAAAAUGGCAGUGAUGAAUUUUAAGGGUUUCCCCCAACAUAUAAAAUAAUGAAAAGAAUCCCUAGACUUUAGGCUUUCAGCUUACACAAAUCUAUUUAAUUAGGAAAAAAACUAUUAAGGAUGUAGCUUUUCACCUUUACUUUAGAAGCACAGUAAAUAUCCCAAACUGUGAUGAAGCCGACCUUAGAUUUAGUAGUAUAAGCUAGAAGAAGUGAGUGUUUCUAUGAGUGGAAAAAGCCAAGGUGUCAUUUAUGUGUCAGUUCAUUUGUGGUGAUAUAGAAUUAGCUUUUUCAUCCCCUUACCCUUAGAAUCCACGUAUUCCCCUUCCCACUAGCCUAGGUCCUAAAGAGGCCUUGCUUUCACUCUCCUAUGCCUUUUACGAGUGCUAAGUGUAGGAUAUUUUGUCACCAGAACACAAUGCUACUGCCCCAAAGUAAAAGAAACCACUUCUGGUCAAUCAACACUACCAGCGUACAUAUAAGAAAGAAAUCUUUCUCUUUUCUAAAAGACUUCCCUAACACUUACCCCAUGGCUGCACAGUUGGUGGGGUCCUGCCGGAGAGGAAGAGACACUCAGACCAGAGAAGGGGUGUGCAUGCGCCUACUCGCUUGCUAGAAGUAGAUUCUGGACAGUCAGCUCUUCAUCUGCCCAACUGUGUAGCAUCUGCAUUGCCCUGUCUUUCAUGUGUGCCAAGGCUGAUGCAGGAUUUGUUCUCUGUCCAGCAGUCACUUCUGCCAGAGCUGAAGAGUUGCCCCGUCUCUGUUCCAUGUCUCCUUUAAGAGCUCUGGUGAUAAGGACAUGAUGCUUUUACUGAACUUUCUUAUCCUAGCACAUGCUUCAAUAGUUCAAGGAACUUGAAAAAUACUUUUCUCUUCCUUACCUUUACCCCAUCCCUGUCUUUACUCCUCACACUUACUGUAAGACAUUAGUAACAUAAGAAAUUAAAAGUCACACGAAUCUCACCAACAUAA